AGCAUGGCGGACGUUUGGGUCGGAAGCGAAACAGGACUUUUAAAAGGUAUACAUGCGUUAAAAAGCUAUAGUUUUUCUUCUUCGAAAAUUUUAAUUACCGACUGGUGCUAUUAAAAGAUAUAUGUGAUUUGAAGGCGAGGUAAACUGCUCGAAUUUUCUAGGGGUUGACCUGAAAAAGGGUUCCUUUACGAACUAUGGUGUCACAGAAAAAGUGGACAGAAGCCAUGCAAUAUGUUCCAUGCACUGGGUUGAUGAGGAUGAGAAUCAGGUAUAAAGGAAAUUUUACAUAUUUUAUCUCGAGUGAAAGAUAGGUUUAGGGUUAACCCCUUGAAUCAAGUUUGGACUGUCCAACAUAUUGGGCUGCCCCCGGUUAAGGUUCUUACCCAUGAAGAUUAAAUAAAUUGCAUUCACCCCUGAAGACUUCCAUAGAAUAUGGGUGUACCCCUGAAGAAUUUCAUGAAAAUGAAAGCUCCCUGAUGAAUUCUAUGCUUCCUCAACCGAGGUGGGGAAGGGGGGGGGAGGGGGGGGGGUUAAAAGCAGUAGCCCAUUAUAUGCAUGCGGUUCACCUUAAUCACACGACUGCAUUAGCCCUACAUAUAUUAUUACUCUGACGGUCAUUUGCUUAUGAAGGAUUGAGUGACCUUAGUUAAGUUCAAAAGGAUUUCGUGCAAGUGACUAUUAACGAAAAAUCUCUUAGAUCCAAUAAUAGGUGUCGCUUGUGUUGGAUACAAAGAUUGAUCUUUUUGUUUGUUAUUGUUCCUUUCCUGUAUAUCAAGACACUUAAUACUCUCUUGGACAGUAGUAUAUAUUACUUUCCCUUGAAUCUAGCCUAAGAAAACAGCUGACAUUUCUCAACGCCACCACUGUAUUUUGCAAAGAAACCAGUCCUUGUAUCUUGGAAUGUCAGCUGUUUGCUGAGGCUACCUUGAAUCAAGCUUCCUUUGAAGUGAUACUAUUCUUCCUGGUACCAUAUUGUCAUUUCCCAGAACAAGAAAGACAGGGCUGUGUUAUAACGGUGCCCGGGAACUUCAGGUUACUAACUUUUGCCUUUGGUUAAUUUUAAAAAAAAGCCUAUCUUGUACCUAGGACUUAACUGCCUAACCCCAGGAUUUCACAGCACUCUCUCUAAUUUUUCUGGGAGGACGGCCUUGCUAGUGUUAAACGAAAAUUGUUACCUUUUAAAACCUGUCAAAGAGACCUUAAAAAACCUUUAAAACUGCUAUUAAAAUAUCUCCCUUGACUAAACAUUGAUAGAAAGGAAGAGUACGUGAAAAAAAUGGGCCCAACUUUUUUUGUUAAUAAAUGAUGGUAAUCAUUAAUAUAAUUGUUUUGUAGAUUUUAUUGGGAUUAGAAAAUGGUAUUGUGAAGACCUUUGAUGUCAGUAAAGGUGAAUUUGUCGCAGAAGAAAGCUUCCCUAUAAAUGACAAAAAAUUGAAAGGACUCUUUAAAUGGGAAAAGUAAGUUUAUCAAGGAAAAAGUGAUAACUCUAAAGUUUUUGUGGUAGAUAUCUGAUCUUAACCAGAAAUACAAUCAGUGACAAAAUUGCGUAGUGUAUAUUUGACUGAAAUACUUUGUUCAAGGCAGCCAGCAUUUUCCAUGUUUUAUUCCUUGACCAAAACAAAGCCUUUCCUCCCCAUUCGCCUAAGCAAUGUUGUGCCAAUGCUUAAGCUCCCUGUAGGAAACCAGGAACAGGCCAUCUAUGGGUAAGCGGUGCAGACUGUGUUGUUCUCCAAAAUGAUUCUCCAUUUUGUGUAAGUGUCUUAACCAUUUUGUUGUAAAUUGUAGGAGAUAUUGUGCAUUGUUUUCAUGCGCUGGCCUUUCAGGAGUCUCUUUCCUCCACAACACACAAGAUUUUAUCGGCCUGUUACUAUCCAAGUGUAGAAGUUUCACGUAAUUCAUAUUUCGGAGCCAGUCAGUACAGACCCUUCCUCAAUGUGUUGCAAUAAUUAUGCUGGUAUCCAGAAUCGUUCUAGAAGCGCCAAGACCCAUUGAUGGUGCAACACUUUUUAAGUGGAGGGGGCUACAAUUCUCCUCUCCCUCCCCUUCCAUCAAUGUUACCUUUGUUUGACCAGAAACAAAAUGAAACAACAUCCUCACUAAAAGAGUGUGUGUGAGGGGUGGGGGGGGGGGGGAAGGGGGGGGGGGGGGGGAGUAAAACCCUAGUUUUCUGGGGUUUGCGGCCCCUGGGCCCUGAGACAACCUUAUUUGCAGCUGAGUUAAUCCAUUUUUGUUCCCUUUUUGUUAAUAAACAAAGGCCUGAUUUCCUCCUUACAGUUCAUUUGUACAAUGGUUGGAGUCAGGUUUACUUCAAUUAUGGCAAGACAAAACCCCCCCCCCCAAAACCCCCCCCCCCUUUCUCGGGACGAAACCUAUUAGCCCCCCCCCCCCCCCCCCCCCUUCCCCCCCCCCCCCCCACCCCCCCUCCCCUCCCCUCCCCCCAUUACCCCUCCCCCUAUCCAUCACCACACCACCAAUACAUUCCAACGCGUCUUCGACCUCGUUUUUAUACAAACAAGUGUCGAGUAGUGAUCUUUUUUUGUGUGUAUAUGAAGCACCACUCCGCCGACCAGCCUGAGGAAGAAGUGUUUCGUUCAGUUGGUCAGAAGUAAAAGGGGCGGACUCGCUGGGUAAGGGGGGGGGGGUGAGGGUGGGGGGGGGGGGGGGUCGGGGGGGGAGGGGGAGCUAAACCCUAGCUUUCUGGGGUUUGCAGUCCCUGAGACCUGAGACACACUUAUCUGCAGCUGAGAUAAUACAUUAUUGCUGCCAUUCUGUUAAUAACACAAGGCCUGAUUUCCUCCUUACAGUUCAUUUGUGACAUGUGUAGAGUCAGGCUUACUUCAAAUAUGGCAAGACAAUGAUAAUCCUGUAAGUAUUUUAACAUUGAUCUGCAUGCCAUAAAUUUGCUGCUUACUAAGUCAUGACCAAAAAAAACCAACAAAUCAACCUUUAUUUUACCUGUGUUGAAUUGUGGGUCAUGUUUUUCCUUUGGCUCUAAAUUACUUAAUAUAUUAAUUUUGUCUCCUGAUUUGGUCAGGAGCCAAUUACCCUACUCCUGAUUUGGUAUGUGACCUUUAGCAGGAAAGAGUUCAGGCCAGAGCAACAUAUUUACCUUAUCAAUAUCUUGUGAUUGAAACCCAAAAAUAUCUUGUAUCCAAGUACCCUGGCUCUAAAGGUCAGUGCUUGAAAUUCCUAGGGUGAAAUAAACCGUGCUAACAGUUUGAUAAAGCUCCCCAGAUGGAGCGUUAUUUUUUUUCUCUCAGCAGUUUGCACCUUGCUAUCGCAGCUUUGCUGCAAACUAUCAGGAAUCAGAUACGAAAAAAUAACCUCUGGAACACAGGGCAACAUUCUACUUGUGGAGAAUUAGGAUCUGUUACACUAUUGUAAAACUCAAUACAAUAAAAAUUAUUUUGUUGUUGUUUUUACUUUAUUAGUAAAAGAGUUUUUUAAUCUCAUUUCAGACAGAUGUCAGGGUUGGUGCCAAUGUGUCUACUGUUCGUCAGAAUCCCUUGUGUCCUUCUCAAAUAGGAACAGGUGGCCAAAAAAAUGAUUUGAAACUGUGGGACCUUAGCAGGCCUGAGGAAGCAGUAUUCAAAGCCAAGAAUGUAAUUUGAAUUUAUUGAUUUUUUAAUUUUUUUUGUCAAGUUUCAAUUUUUAAUCGAAGACUAGCUAGUGAGCUGCACAACGGAUGAUGUCUUGCAUUUGUAAGCUUUUUCGUUUAUUUCCGACACGUUUUGUGUCCACUUACACUUCGUCAGGGAAUGAAUACAUCUAACAAAGAAUGGCAUAUAUUUGCACACUAACGUGCAUAAGUUUAACUUCCUAUAGAAGUGAAUAAUAAUAACGAAACUAUGCUGUGAACGGACGUUACAAGAAACGCUUUAAUACAUAGUUAUUGCGUGUAGUUUUAUUUUUGGGGCCAAAAAAGGGCUAAACGAGUUUAACCAGAACAGUUUUUGAUAGAGCGAUUUUCUUAUGAUCUUGAAAAAAAAAAGCGCGAACAAUACAGAAACAACAAACGAACAGAAAUAGAGCGAUUUUAUUGGUUUAUCGAACACAUACAAACGCGCGUAGCUUCUGGUUGGUUAAGCGAACACUCGGGUGAAAAAACUUCAUGCCCGAGAACUUUCUAGAAACAAACCCAUACUUCGCAUUGACGUCAUACUGCAACACGAUUGGCCAAUCGAACAAUGUCUACUCCAUAUUAGGGUUUUCUUUGGCGGGAAAACGAAGAGGCCAUGUUUUGAUCUUUUCAUCCAUUGGCUGAUAAAACAAAUAACGAACACUUACCGAAAUCAUUUUUAAGGUCAUACGAAAACCGCUCUAUUUAGACUGCACUUGAAAAAUCUCAAUAACUUCUAAUCUCCCCAACAGGAACCAAAUGAUUUCCUCGACCUUCAAGUUCCAGUCUGGGUAACUGAUAUAGGAUUUUUGCCUGGUCAAGGGUUGUCAUCCAGAAUUGCGGUUGGUACCGCGUAUCAUCAGAUUCGGCUGUACGACACCAAAACACAACGACGACCAGUUUUGAGCUUUGACUUUGAGGAGCAUCCAGUAUCAGCACUGGCGGUUACUGAUAACGAAAAGUAAGAUAACAAGAAAAAAUGUUACAUGUACUAUGGUACAGUUUAUAGUUGUGUUUGAAGGUUAUUUCAUGAUUGCUUUGGCUUCUUAAACGCUUUUCGAUUUAAUAGCGGAAAUUUCCCACCACUGGCUUCAAGCAAAAGCAAAUCCCACCGUACGCCCGUUUUCCCGCGCUUUUCAACGGCACUUCUUGAUUGGUUCAUUUGAAUUUCUGCGCGUGAUGUGAUUGGCCGAAAUGCCAACUAUCCUUUUAAGAACUGACAAAACAACGCUCGUGAUAUUUAGAACAGUGAUGAUGAACAUCCGUUGAAGACAAGAGCAAAAGAGUCCCGAAAAAGUGCGGAGGAAGGACAAGCAGAGAAUACGAUUUACUGACUGCUAGCUUAUAGGCGUGUAAAUACUGGUCUUAUCCAGCUAUUUUCUCGUUGUUUAUUCGAUACCGUACACUGUCGUAAUAAAAGACCCUUGGCUCUCUGUACAGUAAGGCAAACUCUUGUUUUAAGACCCAUAUUUAGUGCAGAUCCCAGAGGUUUCAGUGUUAGAGAGAGUCGAUUGUAUUCAUUUCUUUAUUUCUCACGUACUGUAUUUUCUUACUUAGCAUUGUCAUUGUGGGAAAUACCGUUGGAACGAUGGGUAGGAUAGACUUGCGAAAGGGUAAGAGCGAUGAAGUGGUCAGUAAUUCUCAUUAUUAUAUAUCUCCUCUCAUGUCUACUUCUUCACAACCAGCUAGCAUUAACCAUAUUUGGAAUGAUGUUUGCCGAUAUCAACAGGAUUGACGUCAAUCUUCUUGAUAUCGGCAGGAAAAAGGGACGCAAGGCAAGGUAGCUGGGCUGUUUUUGGCGGUGUAGAGCUGAAAAAAAUAGCGGAGGAUUUCUUUUUUUUGUAUUCUAAUGAAUUUUUAUUUUGUUUUACAAAAAGUUCGUGUAUUGCAUAUAUUUAAAAAAUGAUAAUUAUGAGGAUUUCACACAUAAAGUAUGCUUUUAAGACGAAAUGGGCUAACAGGCGCCUCAAAAACGUUUCUAGAGUAUGUACGUUUCUGUUUUUAGCGGAGCUCUCGUGCGCGAAGUGCGUGCAGCCGAGCACCAUGGGUAAGAAAAUGCGGUAAACUACUCAUCCGAGAAAAUUUGGUAAUCAACUGACCGUACACCAACCGACCGACCGCCCGACUGUUUGUCCGUCAGGCACACCUAUGUAAAAUAACCCAGUCAACAGGUAUGGCAACCCAAAUGCGACUCGAGGUUAUUUUGACGGGAAAUCGCAUAGCCACGCGUGUCUUGUAAAGCAGAAACAACUAAAGAGUCAAUGAAGACGAAAACGGAAAGUGGAAAUUGUCUCUGUAUCCGUGUUUUCUAAAAUAUUAAGCUUAGAUUAAUUGCUAUGUCCACAAAUUGGAAUAUAGAGCAAGAGAAAGACAGAGAAAAAGAGAAAGUGGGCGACAGGCCAGCGAAGCUCAACGAGAACAAGGACGACAGAGAUCUAGAGCGAGAGAUAAAAGACAAAGGAGACAUUUUUUGUUGGAAGAACAACAUGAAAAUUUUGUAGCGGCGGUGACAUUUCCUCCAUAAAACGUGUAACUAAGUCUAAGAAGUUUCUGGACGUUUUACGUUGUGGUCGUGCAAAACAACGGCAAAGAAAUGUACAAAAAAAGUGUGCUGCACGUGCAAAGUUGCUUUUUUGCUAAUUAGACCUAUUGUUGUUUUUCACCGUUCUCCGCGUUGCCUUCGCCGCUUAGCAUUACACGAUUAUAUACUUUGUUUAAACAAACUAUAAAUAUUAUCGAGAGCUUCGCUUUUAGCCCUGGCUAAAUCUAUAUACUAAUUUAACUCCCCUUCUUUCAGGUCAGCUUCAAGGUCAUUAUAAAGGAUUUGCUGGUGGGAUUCGCUGCAUUUCCUGUCUCAGUAAGCAGCAGAUGGUUGCAUCGUGUGGACUGGACAAGUUUCUUAGAAUACAUCAUCUCCACAGCAGGAAACUUCUUCAUAAGGUACUCUUAAAACUAUGCAUG